UCCCACUACCUGAAACUAUUUCUACAGACUGCCUUUUGCAAAAGUUUCUCCUUCCUGUUGACAUUGAUGGUCUGCUUUUGAAGACCGCCAACAUGUCCACAGCUAACAUCCGCCUCUCCUGAACCAAGAAAAUUUCUGGUGCUUUUGCAACUUCUGCCAUGGUGUGUGGGUUUACAGUAUCAGUUUUUGGGGGGUUCCAAAAUUUUGGUAAUUAUUAUUAUGGAUUUGUGGUUCAAGCUGCUUCUGGCGUUGUCGAUCAUGUGGCAUUUACAAUAGUGAAUUUAUUACCAGGAUUUUUGCUCUCCAUCUCAAUCUGCACUCGAGAUUCUCAAGUGACGAUGAAGUUUAUGGUUUCUUCUUCGUUUAAGAAGAGUAUCUUUUGUGAUACUCUAACCCGUUUGUUGCGAGAAGAAACACUUGUGCCCGCCGAGCACCGUAGACGGGCACAGCAGUGGCAGACAGCGUGUUCUAUUAGUCCAAAUGUCCCAGAAAAGCAACUCGUCAGCCACUUCAUGGAUCCAAAAAAACCUUCUUGCCUGCCUGUACGCCUACCGUCCUCAUCAUUGCGCUAUCUUUGUCUCUUUUGUUUCCUACUCCUUUCUCCCCCCUCUCACAGGGAUCAUUUUUACCUGAACGCUCUACAUGAUCAUCUUCUCUCCGUUCUCCCAAGAAUGCAGCAGGUGAUCUUUCGGGCAUCGUUCCACGUCGUCGCAGCACGACUCCUGCUGCUGUUGCUUCUCCAAGGGGAUGACUGCUGGUGCUACCAGUACAAGGUUGGAGACCUUGACUACUGGGGGCUGCCCCCUCCGUCCGACCCCCUCCUCUACUCCUGGUCUCAGAACCACCGCUUCCGCCUCGGUGACUCCCUUCUGUUCUUGUACCCGCCGAGCCAGGACUCGGUGAUGCAGGUGACGGAGCGGGCGUUUAACAGCUGCAGCUUGGCCGACCCCAUACGGAAGCUGGACGACGGCAACUCCCUCUUUAACCUGACGACCCCGGGGAACUACUACUUCACCAGCGGCGCCCCCGGCCACUGCGAGAAGAACCAGAAGCUGGCGGUUGCCGUCCCCUCACUAAACAACGGGACCUUCUUCCCGCCCGCCGUAGACUUCGCCGUCCCGCCGGCAGGGUCGCAGUCCUACCUGACCGUCUUCGGCCCUGCUCCGGCUCAGGGACACAGCGGCAAUCCGGCUGCGGCCGUCACGGCCAUGGGAUCCGUCGUCUCGGCCGCGCUGCUCCUCGGCGUGGCUUUCCCAUGACGCCGACGGAAAUGUAAUGGCAUUUUUGGAGUUAUGAUCGGUACAAGCUUUUGUUUCUUUUUUC